AUGGCCGCCCCUCCGUUGACCGAGAAGCAAGUGUACCUGGCGCUCAAGGACAUCUUCAGCAUUGGUCCGACACCGCCUAGCACUGCGAAAAAGAUUCGCAAGAAUAUUGAGAAGUAUAGAUAUGACGCCAAGGUUGCGCCUCUGGUUCAAAGAUAUGGAGUGGAAGGUAUUACCGCGGUAGCCUUCGCUUUGUCAGGAAACCAGAUCUUUGCUUCAACCGAGAAAGCGAAAACACGCUUUCCUGAUGUCUUUGGGGGCCUUUCGAAUGAGCCCAGUCCAGUAAAUGCCCCCGUGUUCCAGACUGGAACGAACAGCGCAGCGGCUGUGCAGCCAGCAGUUACCGAGUCCAGCACUGCAGCAAGUAGUGCAGCAGCUAUGCAACCCGUAGGAGGGGUAUAUAGUCCCGAGACACUCAUGGGUAUCGGUGACAGACUCAAAGCCAGGAAGGAGAGAGAGAAGAUUGAGACUGCAGCCUCGCACACGCAGUCGUUCGAUUCCGUAGCCAUACCACUCUGGGACCAGCAUCGCAUCCUCGUCAGAGUCCAAUACACUCUUGAAAAGGCCUGCUUCGACUUUGCGCAGGAGAGGCUGGUUGGGCUUUUACAUCGUGAAGGUUGGGACUGCGCAGAGGCAGUUGAACUCAAUCAAUGGGCCAGAACAUUGCUCAUCUACCGAGAAGAACUCAAAUUGGACGACAUGAAAGACGAUGUAAAGCCUUUGCCCGGUCUCAUGGAAUCGAUUAUCCAGCUCCGACAUAACGCCGUUCACCGAGUUCGCCUGGCUUCCAGUGAACUCUUACAACACCUUACCGAUGCUGUACUUCUUGCGCAGCUCUUACAUGACGACAAAUGCGGCAAAUUUCUCUCGGAUAUACGGCAGAUGACCCAUGAUGCUAUCGAGGAACUGGUGCGCAACAAGCAGUUACUGGACGGAAGAUUGGCGGACAUCAAGACAGAGUUUGCUGCAAAGAGAGCUGAGCUUGAGCGCCAAGAAGCUGCGUUACUGGAGGCUGCGGUAAAAGAGCACAAAACACCUAUGGUCUCUGUCAGCGGAAGUUUGCACCGGCUGUCAGACGACCAUGGUGGUACUACUGAGGAAGUACGUGCGCCAUGGCUACGUGUGUACGAUGCCGAUCUACCCGAUGAUGGGUCUUCUGGACCUGAGGAUACUACCAGCCAAAGCCCGGAGAGCGAGGCCACCAAAGUGAUCGAUGACGAUGCAGAUGUUAUCAGCCCACCGCCCAUGCAUCCUGGACCUACACCGCCAGUCGACGAUGUCUCGCUCGAAUCAGUCGUCCAACGCAAGCAUCAAGAAGUCGAGAAUGAUGAGGACAAGUGUCUAUCAAUAGUGGAGACGAUUUCUAUAGAGGAGCCAAAGCUCGACGAUCACGAGCGCGACCAGAAGCACUCCCUAGACCCUCCACCACUCGACGAAGAUGAUACGGUGACAGACACCGAGGAAGCGUCGGAAGGACAUGCAAAGAGUCUGGAGAAAGCCGAUGUAUCUGAUUGGGAAGAUUCCAAGUUCCAGGAGAAUGAUGAGGAGAUCUUCUAUGAGCCAAGUACCAGCCUUGUGUCUACUUGCGUCGAUGAAGCUGUAAGCGACGCGUUAGAAGCACAUCAAGAAUCACCCAUCGACGACCAAAUACGAGUCAUCGCCUGGGAUCCGGAUGGCAGCGAAAGAAAGAGACAGCGCGUAGCGUAUCACAUGAGGGAUUUGAUACUCUCACCACCGAACAACCAGGACGCCAGGGAUUGCUAG